AUGAACUACAUCGAAUACGGCAUCAGCCGUAUCUUCGCCAACGCCAAGGGCCGCGACGCACGCCUUUUCACCAAGGGCCCUGCAUUCGCGCAAAAUUCCCGACCAACCCUCACCCUUGACUGCAUCGAAGUUGGUCCGUCCGGAUCACAAAUGCACAUCGACCUAUCCGCCGAAGGCAUCGGCCGCUUCCCAACUCUGAGCUGGAAUGCGGCAACCGGGGAUGUCAAGGAGUACCUACUCAUCAGCGAGGACCCGGAUGCUCCUCUGCCCUCUCCUAUCAUCCAUGGCAUUUACUACGGUAUCCCUGCUAGUGUGACGGGUGUGACUGAUGUGGAUUUUGAAAUUGCCGAGGGCGAGUACAAGCUUCAGGGUGGGUUUAAGUAUGGCAAGAAUCGACGGGGGACUGUUUAUAUCCCGCCUCGUCCGUUGUUGGGUCAUGGUCCGCAUCGGUACUUUUUUACUCUUGUCGCGCUCAGCCAGCCUGUUGAUACGGCUAAGUUGAGCCCCCUGCCGACGGUUGAGGAGAUGGCCAAGGAGAUUGAGGGAAAGGUGUUGAGUUGGGGUGAAUGGAUUGGCGUUUAUGAGCGUAAGUGGGAGUGA